GGACAGUUAAUUUGCUCAGCCAUAGCGACCGAGCCCCGCCCCCUGUGUGGACCAAUCAGAGAGCAGGAGCGUCCCCCCACCCUCCUACCCGCCCAUACACCGUGACACCCGGUACAUCUGAUCAGUUGCCCGUCGGACCCAUGUGUGUAGACAUGGACGAUACACGCCUGUUCUUGGGCUACCACGUGCCGUCCGCGCAGAACUUCGAGAGUCCUUUGGAUCUGAGAGGACACCUGAGCCCACCAGCGCCUCCGUCCCCGGGCCCCAGCACUGCCGAGGAGUCCGACGCCGACAUCAACGUGGACUCGGACGACCCUGAGGACCGCUACCGGUACGACUUCCAUAGAUACCCGCAGGAAACGCGGAUAGAAGAAGCCCCUACUGAAGACGCUGAGAAGAAACCUUCAUCGAACCUGGUGAAGCCUCCGUACUCCUACAUAGCGCUGAUCACCAUGGCAAUACUUCAGUCGCCGCACAAGAAACUAACGUUGAGUGGCAUUUGUGAGUUCAUCAUGGCGAGAUUUCCCUACUACAGGGAGAAGUUCCCCGCGUGGCAAAACUCUAUAAGACACAACCUCUCGUUGAACGACUGUUUCAUCAAGAUCCCCAGGGAACCCGGUAACCCUGGCAAAGGUAACUACUGGACCCUGGACCCCAUGGCGGAGGAUAUGUUCGACAACGGGAGUUUUCUCAGGAGGAGGAAGCGCUACAAGAGACAACCUCCGGAAUUGUUCCUGCGUGACCAUCACAUGGCGUCGUUCCUGGGGCAGGACCCGUACCACCCGCUACAUCUGCACCCUCCCUACCCGUAUCUGUCACCUCUGCCGCCCGCGGUGCCACUACUUCCUCCGGCCGACCUCGCACGGCUGUCCCUUGGACUCAACUUCCUGUCUAGCUCCGGGAGUACACUUCCAUGUAAGCCUGUGCCUGUGACCGCCUCCUCGCAGCUGCCUCUGCCCAGGCCGGUGUUCAGUAUAGAGUCGCUCAUCGGCAAGUCGACCCCGAAGAUUCCCAAGCCCGCGGCCAAGGUGGCGGAGCCCCUACUGCCUCCUGUGACUCGCUCCCUCGACUCCGCGUUCACCCCACUGGCAGCGGCUUGGGCCAGGUGAGCCGCCCUAGGCCAAGGUAAUCUUUUCCACGUGUAAGUACCAAAUGACGAUCCAUAAGCUGUAAUAUUUUAGUG